UUCCUUCCCUCCCUUCCUCCCUCUCUCCUUCCCUCCCAGCUGCUGCACCAGGAAACGGCCCGGAUCCCAACAGCGGCCUGACCCGUGAGAUCCCUAACCUGGCAGGCGGGCGGGGUUGGAGACCAGUUGAAGGUGGGGGGCUCCACGCUGGCCGGGAGGAUGAAAGGCCCCAGCUGGGGGCUCCUUGCCACCAGCGCUGGGUCCUAAGAGCUGCCAUCCAGGCUGGCCGCCCGGAUGGCGACCCCAGCCUCGGCCCCAGACACACGGGCUCUGGUGGCCGACUUUGUAGGCUAUAAGCUGAGGCAGAAGGGUUAUGUCUGUGGAGCUGGCCCUGGGGAGGGCCCAGCAGCUGAUCCACUGCACCAAGCCAUGCGGGCAGCUGGAGAUGAGUUCGAGACCCGCUUCCGGCGCACCUUCUCGGAUCUGGCAGCUCAGCUGCAUGUGACCCCGGGUUCAGCUCAGCAACGCUUCACCCAGGUCUCUGACGAACUUUUCCAAGGGGGUCCCAACUGGGGUCGUCUUGUGGCCUUCUUUGUCUUUGGGGCUGCCCUGUGUGCUGAGAGUGUCAACAAAGAGAUGGAGCCACUGGUGGGACAAGUGCAGGAGUGGAUGGUGGCCUACCUGGAGACGCGGCUGGCUGACUGGAUCCACAGCAGUGGGGGCUGGGCGGAGUUCACAGCUCUAUACGGGGACGGGGCCCUGGAGGAGGCACGGCGUCUGCGGGAGGGGAACUGGGCAUCAGUGAGGACAGUGCUGACGGGGGCCGUGGCACUGGGGGCCCUGGUAACUGUAGGGGCCUUUUUUGCUAGCAAGUGAGAAAGUUCAGGGCCAGGUGGGGCUAGGUGUGGCUGGGGGCCAGGAGAGCAGGAACAGAGAACAAGAAGUGAAGUGAAUGGUUGGGCAUGGAACAGGGAAGGGGAGAGGUAGCAUGUGAGGGAGUCAAGUAUGCUAGGCAGGUGAUUGAAAGAGUGAGCUACAGUUAUUAAGGAGUUUUAGGAAAGUCAGAGGACCAGGAGAUGGAGUCAUUCCAGGGUUUUGGGGGCAGGUGGGAGGGAUCAUGCCUAUAGGUAUGGRCACAUGAAACUACCCAGAGAUGAAUUUGCAGCGAUGAGGAAGGUGGACUUGCAUAAGGAGUUGUGUCUCCCCUGGAUAAGUGGGUUUUGGGGAACUAGAAGGCAUAUCCCUUUGGAAUGGAAGCUUGGGGUUCUCAGGUGAUUGGGAGAGGUGGCUGUGGCUGUGGGCUGCUUGGACACAAGUGUGCAUGUGCACGGGUACUCGUGUGCAUGCUGGGCUGUUUGUCUAAUCUGGAGGUGGUUCAGAUUCUUCAAGGAAAAACAUUCCCUUUUGCAGUGGCAAGAACAAGGGACAGUUCUCUGCCCCUCCUCCCAAACCCUCUUUUCCCUUCCCCUUGUCCAGAUGCCUCAAGGCUGAAGGAGAAACACUGUAUCCAGACGGAGGGCUCUGGCACUUCUCUGCAGAAAGUUGUUGGUAGGGCUUUGGAGAGAAAGCAAUUCUGCAGCUGGCCUUGUUCCUUCAUUACCCAUUUUCCUGUGCAUCAUGAACUUCCUGCUGCCUCCUGGGCUCUGACGGAAGUGCAGGGCUCUGGAGCCUGGGCAGGUGAAGGCUUCUUCAGUAGCUGGAUAUGCCUGCUACCCUCCCCUCCCACUGGGGCACAAUGGUGCCUAAUAGCUCUGGGACCUCUGUACCCAAACUGAAACUCUAAAUUGGGGCUCAAUUUUCCUUUUGAGGAUGUAGACAUAAAUGCUGAUCUAGAAUAUAGUCUGGGUCCCUCACUAUUUCUCAGUGAGACUGUUGAUUCCUUGAAAAGACCAUUCUAGCUUGAGCCCUGUGGGGUGAGGGUGACAGGUACUCCAUGACUGGGCCUAUUCUGUGUUGUGGGCUUUGGUGCUGCUUUAUCAGGGGCAGGUGUAUGGGUUUGAGAGUACCUACCACGAUCUGGAAGCAUUUAUAUUUCAUUGAAGCCACGCUGUUUGCAUGGGUGUUGUUUGUCUGUACCUCAGAGUCUGAGGAUGCUAACUUUAGAACUCACAGUCCUCUAGAACAGAUUCAGGCUAUAGCUUUUUCUUUUAAAGAAGAAAUGAUUCACUCCAGAUGCAUGUCCUGAGCCAGACCUCACUGCUGCACUUUCCAAGGUGCUAAAAUUUGCUGCUCUCCAAUGCUGACUUCAUUCACAGUGCUCUAGAACCCUACCCAUAAUCCUGAGCACUGAUCAGUUUAGCUAGACAUGGUUGACUCUUCUUGGAGAUUUUUACUUGGUCCCAGAAUAUGGCAACAUGGAUGUGUUUGUUAGAAAGUGGGACCAAAUUGGCCUCAGGUGUUUAGUCCAGACUUUUGCUUUUGAGAGAGGGCUGCACUUUUUAAUGGUCUCUAUGGGGGAGGUGGUAGACUGCAUAUGCCACUUGGUCUGUUGUGAGUAUGCUGAUAUCAGAAACUCAGAGCUGGUCUAUGGCAGGCAGUUGGGGUGGGGGGUCUGACUUGCUCAGGACUAACUAGGCCAGUGGUUUUCAAACUGCUUGGCAGAGCCCCAAAGUAUCCUAGGGGUUGCCUCAGGAGUCCUUGGGGAGAUGAAGGGGAUGGGGGCUGAGCAGGCUGGGCAACUUGUCCUCAAACAGAACAGCUCCUCUUGUAGCUGUCUUACAUAUCGGGGUUCAGGGUAAGAUUUUAUUUGCAUUAAGGGUUUUGCUGCUGAAAAAUAAAAGUUGGAAAACCACUGACUAGACCAUCAGCUCCAAAUUGGAGCCUGUGCUCCCCAAGGUUUGGGGCAGACUCUUCACUCUACCCUCUACCACAAGAUACUUAUCUGUGUUAGCAUUCCUGGGGGGCUUUAGCAAACUGGGGCAGCAGGGACCAUGAUCAGGUUACCAAAGUGCCCCAUUCUGAGGCCUUCACACCUGGGUGGAAGGAGAGGCUUUUUUAUGAAAGGGUAAAGGGCUUGGUCUGGAUUCCCAGAAGCAGAACUUGGAUGAGAUCACAGUGGGCAGUUUUGACCUGUUUUGCCCUUCUUAGUUUGAGGAGCAGUGGAAACCCCAGAGACUCUUCUGUCAGGGAAAACUAGGGACUCUCUUCUAGAGCCAUAUAGUUCCUUGGGAUUAGCUCUUGGCCAAGAAGGCUGAGUAUGGCUCCCAGUUUUUAAAUUCAUUUAUUGUUUUUUAAUGAGGAAAAUAAAUGUAAUGGCCAUUUUUCAAAGAUUAAAUAGGUGGAGAGGGUGUUUCUUGCUCUCCAGAGCCCAAAGGGACAAAUAGGGACUUUGCUUAGGUCAAGGAAGGACUGGAAGUAGGGCAACUGGGUCCUGCGAUUAUUAAUCGUACUCCCCACUUAUUGUAGGGCAUACAUACACUAUUUUACUUUUUUAAAUCAUAAAACGGCAGGAGAACAGAUUUGGUUAGUUUAGAAGAAAAGAAAAAGCUCUAUAAAUAUAAAUAUAUAUUCCUGUAUUUUUAUUUAAUAAUUUAUAAAUAUCAAGUUCAUUUGACUUUUAUUUUUGUGUAAUAUGUAAUGGUCGUAUUAAAAAAAUAAAUAAAGCCCAGAAGUUUAAUGAGAAGGACUGAA